ACGGCGACUACCUAAACACCAAAAAGUGAACAACUAACCUCCAAGGAGCCCUACAAUAUGCCUCACAAGAAACCCAAGCGUUCCAUCCGUGAAUUUCAACGCCUCAAGCUCGAAGAGGAUGCCGCUCCUGAUGCCGCGCCGGUCAAUUCCAAACCCAACAAAAAGCGGAAGCGAGCCUCCAAUAACUCCAAGGAAGACGAGAAACUCGGCGGUGCAAUUCCAAAGGCUUUCCAGAGAAUCUUGGAUAUGCAGAACCGACACAAACAAGGCAUGAAGCGUAAAGAUUUUGAGCUCGACACAGGGGAGAGGAAGAAACGCUCAGCGGACGGGGAUGCGGAGGCACAAAAGAAGAAAAAGGCCAAGAAAGCACAAGAAACGAAGGAAAAAGAGAAAGAGAAGAAAAAAGAGCUCAAGAUCCAGCCAGGAGAGAAGAUGUCGGAUUUCAAGCGCCGUGUCAACGAAGCCCUACCCAUGAUCAAGCCAGACCGUGAUCCAAAAGACACCACCGCAAAGGGGAAAAAGGGCAAAAAGGCUGCCACCAAGGCCGAGGGUGAGGAUGACGAUGAGGAAGAAGAUGAAGGGGAGGACAGAAAGAAACGCACAACCUCCGGCCGCACGAUCCGUCGCCGCGAACCCUCCCCAGAUCCUUUCGCCCACCUUGCAACUACCAAGAAAUUUGGCGACAUCGUCCAAGAACCCCCAACCCUCACCGCACGUCCCCGCUUACGCGAAGGCGCAUUGGGUAUUCCGAAGACCAUCAAGAAGGCGGAUGGGAGUGGGGUGGAGGAGGUUACGAUGGCGAAGAGGGUUAUGCUGGGGAGGGAGAGGGAGGAGAUGAUUAGAAAGUAUCGGGAGUUGAUGGCGAGUAAGAAGGCGGGGAACUGAAGGAACAGCAAGGAGGGUAUCGAGUAACGGUCAUGAGAUUUCCGGUACCAGACCAGAAGGAGCGAUUGCAGACAUAUAGAGUGAAACCCAAUCAGAACAUCGAAACCAACAUCAAUUCAAAGAAUGAUUCAUAGCAAUAACUCCUACACAUAUCCGUAUCUAACUCCAUAACAAACCUAAACAAGCCCUGCAAAACAGUUCUUUAUCACGUACCCCCCUCCACUCUCCUCAACACGAAUAGCCAUUCCCUUCUUUACGAGGAAAUCCCAAAUAUCCCUCAACUCACCCGGCAUAACAGCCGGAUGCAACGCCUUCAACAUAGCAGCCUGCGAUAAACCUGGCCUUGCCAUAGCUGUUGCCAACACGGCGGAAACCCAACUACUCCAGACAUGCUCGAUACGCUUUCCGUGAAUGUUGAUCCAAGU